AUGGCGUCGCGGCCGGCGCGGUCGCUGCGCCUGUUGCUCCUGACCCUUCUCUUCAUGGCCUUGAGCCUGCUCCUGCUCUACGCGUCCAUCGUAAGCAGCCCGACGUCCGAGGCUGCCUUGCGUCGCCGCCAUAGCACAUCCCUGCGUUCGCGCAGCGACAAGGUCGCGUACAUGUUGUAUGCGACCGACACGAUCACGGCCUGCAAUGCGCUCAUCAUGGCCAAGCAGAUUCGGCGCCUCGGGACCCCCGCCUCGAUCGAGAUUGUGCUUUUGGUGACCAACACGGUGGCGGACGCGACGUUAACGGCGCUCGAGGCCGAUGGCACGCUCACGCUCCGGCUCGUGUCGCCGUGGGUGCAGACGAAUGCCAAGCACGGUACGUGGUCGUCGUCCCUCACCAAGCUCCGCGUCUUCGCGUACCAUGGCUUUGAUAAGGUCAUUUACCUCGACUCGGACGCGUGGCUGCACCGCAACUUGGACCACCUCUUCGAUCUGAGUGACGCCGCCAUCUUCUGGGCGCCGAGGGCCUACUACCGCCCGCCGCCCACGGUCGCGUCGACGCUGCUCGUGCUGCGGCCAUCGUCCAAGGCGUUUGCGCAGCUGCAAGCGGCGGUGCAGACGCGGUUUGCGACGAUGGCUGCGUACGACAUGGAUGUGCUGAAUGCCAUGUGGCCCGACGCGCGCGGCGUGCUGCCGAGCCACUACGUGGUGCUAAACGGCCACUUGAACGCAAACCUGACACUGGACUUUGACUCGGUCGACGCGCGCAUCAACGCGACGUUCGUGACGCACUUUUCGUCCUCACUGGACGGCAGCUAUGGCAAGCCAUGGACGGUCGAUCGGCACACGGUGCAACGGCAACCCGGAUCCCACCCGCGCUUUUACGCGCUCUUUGAAGCGUACUGGCAAAGCCAGAAGCUCUAUUGCCCGUGGCUGCACCAGUAG